AUGCUCCGUCUCGGGAACUUUGGGGGUGCCCACCUCCACCAAUUGAGGAGCAUUCAUGGCUCCUCCAUCGCGCUGGCCAACAUCCCGAUGUCGAAGUUUGACACGAAGAGCUACCUUCCCUACGAGAAACUCAACAAGACCGUCAAAGUCGUCAAGGAACGUCUGAGGCGUCCGCUCACCCUUUCGGAGAAGAUCCUGUACAGUCACUUGGACAAGCCUGACACCCAGCAGAUCGAACGCGGGAUUUCCUACUUGAGGCUGCGCCCCGAUCGUGUUGCCAUGCAAGAUGCUACGGCCCAGAUGGCGAUGCUUCAAUUCAUUUCUUCCGGCUUGCCGCAGGUCGCCGUCCCUUCCACCAUCCACUGUGACCAUUUGAUCGAGGCCCAGAAGGGAGGAGCAGCCGAUUUGGCGCGUGCAAAGGAUCUCAACAAAGAAGUCUACAAUUUCCUCUCAUCUGCGGGCAACAAAUACGGUGUCGGUUUCUGGAAGCCGGGCAGCGGCAUCAUCCAUCAAAUCAUCCUCGAGAACUAUGCAUUCCCUGGCCUGCUCCUCAUCGGAACCGACUCGCACACGCCUAAUGGAGGUGGUCUUGGCGGCCUUUGCAUCGGAGUUGGUGGUGCUGAUGCCGUUGACGUGAUGGCUGAUAUUCCCUGGGAACUGAAGUGCCCGAAAGUUAUUGGAGUCAAACUGACCGGAAAGCUGUCUGGCUGGACCUCGGCUAAGGAUGUGAUCCUGAAGGUUGCCGACAUCCUCACCGUCAAGGGAGGUACGGGCGCAAUUGUUGAAUACUUCGGCCCGGGCGUCGAAUCAAUUUCCGCAACUGGUAUGGCCACGAUCUGCAACAUGGGUGCUGAAAUCGGCGCGACGACUUCCGUGUUCCCCUACAAUUCCUCGAUGCGCAAGUAUCUACAAGCCACCGGCCGAGGGGACAUCGCCGCGGAGGCUGACAAGUACAAGGACCUUCUCUCUGCGGACAAUGGUGCUCACUAUGACGAGCUGAUCGAAAUCGACCUGAACACCCUGACUCCCCAUGUGAACGGACCAUUCACCCCCGACUUGGCGUCCCCCAUCGACAAGCUUGGUGAAAAUGCUGCAAGGAACGGCUGGCCUGUUGAUAUCAAGGUCGGACUGAUCGGCUCAUGCACAAACUCCUCAUACGAAGACAUGCAGCGCUCGGUUUCCAUUGCGAAACAGGCGAUCGCCAAGGGCCUGAAGACCAAAUCUUCGUUCACGAUCACCCCCGGCUCUGAACAGAUCCGCGCAACCAUUGAACGUGACGGCCUUUCUAAGGUGUUCGCUGAUUUCGGAGGUGUGGUCCUCGCGAACGCUUGUGGCCCUUGCAUUGGACAGUGGGAUCGUCAGGACGUGAAGAAGGGCGAGAAGAACACGAUUGUCACCUCAUACAACCGCAACUUCACCGGGCGCAAUGAUGCUAACCCCGCGACUCACGGAUUCGUCUGCUCCCCGGAAAUCGUCACUGCUCUCGCCAUUGCCGGUCGCCUCGACUUCAACCCAUUGACUGACGAGCUGACAGCCAAGGAUGGAUCGAAGUUCAAGCUUGAGCCUCCCAGUGGUGACGAUCUGCCUCAGAAGGGAUACGACCCUGGCGAGGACACCUACCAGCCUCCAUCUGGCAAGGGUCAAGUUGACGUUGCCGAAACAUCGCAGCGUCUCCAGCUGUUGGCUCCGUUCAACAAAUGGGAUGGCAAGGAUCUCGAGGACCUGGCCAUUUUGAUCAAGGUUAAAGGAAAGUGCACGACUGAUCACAUCUCCGCUGCCGGACCCUGGCUGAAAUUCCGUGGUCACUUGGACAACAUCUCCAACAACUUGUUCCUGACCGCGAUUAAUGCCGAGAACGGAGAAAUGAAUAAGGUCAAAAAUCAGCUGACUGGCGUCUAUGGCGCUGUCCCGGAUACGGCACGUGCGCUGAAGGCGGCUGGUCAGCCAUGGGUGGCGAUCGGUGAUGAAAACUAUGGCGAGGGAUCCUCUCGCGAACACGCCGCUCUCGAGCCUCGCCACUUGGGCGGUCGUGCGAUCAUCACCAAGAGCUUCGCCCGUAUUCAUGAAACGAACUUGAAGAAGCAAGGCAUGCUCCCGUUGACCUUCUCUCAAGCUUCCGAUUACGACAAGAUUGACCCUGCUGACCGUAUCAGCAUUGUUGGACUGAAGGAUUUCGCCCCCGGCAAACCAUUGAAGGCAGUUAUCAAGAAGCCCAGCGGGGAGAAGAUCGACAUCUGGCUCAAUCAUACUUUCAACGAGCAGCAGAUCGAAUGGUUCAAAUCCGGCUCGGCCCUCAACAGGAUGAAGGAGGUCUUCGCAUCUCGCAAA